AUGUCAUCAACAAUACCAAUUUUUAGUGAAAGUAUUAAUAGUUAUGUUAUAUUUAAAAGUAAAGGUAUUCAUAUAAAUACCAACUAUACACCAAUAGACAUACAUCCAAUCAAUCCAUGGAUAGUAUAUGCAGAUUCUGAUAGCAAUAUUGUAAUUCAAAAUUAUGAAAACAAUGAAAAAAUAUUAAAUUUUUCAAUUUCACAACAUGGCGAAGAGAAAAGAGAACAGCAAACUAUAAUUAAAAAAGUACCAACAUUAUCAUCAUUAAAUGGUAAUGGUUCAGUUGGUUCCAAUUCAAAUAGUCCAACUAAUAACAAUAAUAAUAUUUCAUUUAUUGGUAGUACUGGUUCUUCUGAUGGUAGAAGUUUAAGUGUCACUGGUACAUCACCUGUUCAAUCGCAAUCACAGCCAUCAGCAGCAUCAUCCACAUCACAGAUUACUAAUCAAUCGCCAUCAAUACCAUCAUUACAAGUUUUAAAUAAUAAUAAUCAAACUAUGCAUCGUUCACCAACUAACACUGUAAAAUUAUCACCAAAUUCCUCAAAUAGUUUAGAUAAUCAAAAUUCUACAACUAAUAACUAUGAUAUUAAUUCAGAUAAAUUGGGUCAAAUUAAAUUUGUUUAUUUUUAUGAUAAACAUACAAGAUCAUGUAAAGAUAAAAAACCAAAAAUGUCUCAAAAUAAAUUAUUAAAUUUAAAUAAACAAAUAACAUCAGUUGGUAUUGACGACUAUGUUGUUGUUAUUGCAGAGAAUAGAAUUGUAUUUAUAAAUUAUCACUCACAAAGAUUAAAAGAAGUUAAAAUUCCACCAUUUGAAACUAAAGCUCCAACAUCAGUCGAAUUUUUUUCAAACUCACCAUUGGUAGCAUUUGGUGGACCAGAUUCAGUUAUAAGACUUUGGAAUACUGAAAAAUGGGAACUUGAAAAACAAUUGAAUGGUCAUCCAAAAGGUCAAAUUGUUAAAUUAAAGGCUAUUGAAAUGGAAGGUGAAUUUUUAGUAUCUGGUGGCACAGAUGGAUAUGUUUGUGUUUGGAAUGUUAAAACUGGUACAUUGGCAACUCAAUUUUCAAAAGUUCAUGAAAUUUUAGAUCUAAGUUAUGAUUAUGUCACUGGACAAAUUAUGGCAUUAACUAGCGAUAGACAUAUUAUUAUUUAUGAUUUGACAACUUUAAAAGAACUAACAAAAAUCAAUUGUGGUAAAAAAGAAUUUUUCUCUAUCGAAGCAUUUUAUCAUCCAAGAUUUAAUCAAGAUUUAUUAUUAAGUAUGAAAAAUCCAGCACAGGUUUCAUUCUUUUCAAGAAAUGGUGUUUCUAGAGAGUUCAGCAUAGAUUUAGAUCAACUUUUAAACCCAAGUAAAAAAGAUAAAUCAAAACUUUAUAAAGUAGUUCAACAUCCACUUAAUCCAUCAUUACUUUUAUGUUGGAUAAAUAAGAGUAUUUAUAUUGUAUCAACUUCUGCAUCAUCAAUACCAAUGGCUGUUACAACUUUUAAUGCAACCACAAACGACCACACAGUCUAUUAUCCACAUAAUGGCUACCUUUAUCAUUCAUCUCUUACCAAUGUACUAUCCAGCGAAAAAGUUCAAACAUCAAUUCAAUUAGCAUUAAAUGAAAAUUAUAAAUUAGAUAUUAGUCCAAGUGGUAAAUAUUUAUCAAUUCUCUCUGUUGGCAGUGGUAAUUAUCAAAUUAUUGAAAUAUCAUCAUGGAAAGUAUUAGAAAAGGGUAGCGCAUUAGAUAUUGCUUGGAGUGGCAAAGGAAGUGAUGGUAAAGAGAAGUUUGGUAAACUUGAGAAACAAUUAGAAACUAUCGAUCCAAUUAAAAAAAAGAAAACAACUUUUCUUCCAGUUAUCAAAACUACCAAAAAAGAAGAACAAGUGAUAUGUAAAAUUUUAUUAAAAACCAAGGAGUUUACUAGCAGUGGUCCAGGUGCAACUCAAGAGUUAUUUUUAAAUCCAAAUGAAGAUAAAAUAUCAGGUGGUUUAAUGUUGGGUGUUUAUUUUAAAGAUUUAAAGGAACAAUCCCCAGGAGAUGGCCAAACUCAACAAUCAAAUCCAUUAGGUGCAGGUUCGAAUGUUUCAUCACCAAUCUCUUCAAAUUCUUCAUCAUUAUCAUCCAACUCAUUGAUGAACCAAAAUAGUGGCGGUGGUAGUAAUAGUAGCGGUGGUUUAACAGAACCAUCUAUUAUUACAAUAGGUGAAGAGGUCGAAUCAAAAUCAUUUAGACUCUUGGAUUGGUGGACCUUGCAACCAAUCGGUGAAUCAUUACCACCACCAUUAAAAAUCUAUUGGGAUCAAAAUCAAACCCAUUGUGUAAUCGCUUAUACUCAUUAUUUUUGUGUUUUCAAAUUACGUCCAACUUUCCAUAUGCUUUGCAGAUGGCCAAUUUCUUUAAUCUCUGCAAUUUGGCACAAUAAUACUUUAUUCUUUUCAACUCCAAAUGAUAUUCAGUGUCUUUUCCCCCACAAAGAUGAAAGUUGUCCAAUGGUAUUAUCCUCUUCAACUGGUGUAGUUUUCCCUGAUGAUCUUUAUGAUCCAUCAUCUGGUUCUUUGUCAACUUCAAAACCAAAUCAAACCUUUUCAUUAUUACCAAAUUUUAAACCUUCAGGUUUAAUAAAUUUAUUAGAAAUUAACAAUGAAGGAUUAAUUUUAUUAGAUUGCAAUAAUAAAUUUUAUUGUUUACCAUUAACCCAUUAUUUAUUAAAAUUUUUCAUUUUAGCACAAAUGGAAGCAUUUGAAUUGGCAAUGAAAUGUGCAAGUAUGGUAGAUCCAAAAUAUCAUUAUUUAAUGGCUAAAUUUUUAACAGUUAGGGGUCAUCCAAAAGAAUGUUUACAGCUAAAUGGCGGUAUCUCAAAUUUCCUCAAAUUUUUGAUUUGUAUUAACAAUGAUGCUCUAGAAUCAAGUCUUGAAAUGGUACCAUUAAUUUCUGAUGCACUAAAAUCGGGUCAAUCCGUUACAAAUGAAAAUACUGGUGAAGAGGUUUCCCCUGCUUCUUUAGGUAAAAUGUGUAUUGAAAUCGGUCAAAAGGCUCAAAGUAAAAACGAUUUUACAGUCGCCGAAAAAGCUUUUAAAUUGGCCACUACUUUGGAACCAAAUACUGCUUAUCAAGAACUAGCUCUUCAUUAUGUAUUUUUAAAAAAAAUGUCUGAAUUAAAAGAGCUCCAGCAAUUAAUCUCUCAAUCUUUUCCUUUAGAAAGUAAUUUAAUUUCUUUAUUUUUAGAUUAAAAAUAAAUAAAAAUAAAAAAAUAAUAAAAUUUAACUAUUUUUCAACAGAAUUUAAAUUAU